GGCUCAGUGUACCCGAGCAGCUGCAGCGUCGAGUACGUCGCUCGCCAGUCGUUUUGUCUCGCGGUCCGAUAGCCGAGCGCGGCGCGGAACCAGCCGAAGUCGGACGACAAAACUCGCAAACCCAGUGUCGCAGAGGGCUGCGGCUGCUCUACAGCUGAUCGUCGCUCGGCGAAUCUCGCUGGCAAUCCAACCCGCCAGGCGAGCAUCGAGGGGCGCACCGUGCCUCUCGCGCAAUGAUCGCCGACACAUGACACACCGCACCGCGCUGACAUGUCCAUGAAGAAGGAGUCGCCGUGGGACGUAGAGCUGCACUUGGCAGCGGCGCGCGGCGAUGCGAAGCGGCUGCAGGUGCUCUUGGACUCGGGCCGUGUGCACGUCGACUGCAAGGACAAGGAUGGCACGACGCCGCUGAUUUUGGCAGCAGCCGGAGGUCAAACCGACGCCGUGGUCGAGUUGCUGCAGCAGGGAGCCGAUCCCAAUGCCAAGAGACUGACGGGCACGACAGCGCUGUUUUUCUCCGCUCAAGGCGGCUUCAUGGACAUCGCCGAGAUCCUGAUAAAAAGCGGAGCUACCGUCGACUCCUGUAGCAUCGAUGGCGGUACACCCUUGUUCGUGGCGUGUCAGUGUGGCCAUCUGGACGUGGUCGAGGGUCUCAUAGCCAAGGGCGCGAACGUGAACGCGCACAUGAAGGACGGCGCGACGGCUCUGUUCAUCGCCGCGCAGAACGGGCACGUGCGAAUUUUGGAGAUGCUGCUAGCGUACGGCGCCAAGGCGGAGGCGGCCCGCACCGACGGCGCGACACCGCUCUGGAUCGCCGCGCAAAUGGGCCACGACCAUGUGGUCAGGAGGCUGCUCAAGGCCGGCGCCUACGUCGACUCCAAGCGACACGAUGGCGCGACACCGCUGUUCAAAGCCGCGCACAAGGGCCACACCGCCGUCAUCGGCGAAUUGCUCAAGUACCGUCCGAACCUCGGAGUUCUUCCCAACGGUGAGAGCGCGCUGCACGCCGCGGCGCUCAUGGGUCACAUGACGGUGGCGCGACAACUCCUCGGCGUUGGCGCGGAUCCCCUGCUGGCCAAUCAGGAGGGCAUCACUCCGCUGCAGCUGGCGAUGAGGCACUCGCAGAGCCAGGUCGCCCGUUACCUCAAGGAGAAAGUUCGCGCCAGGACCACCGCGCCCCCGCAGACCUGCUAGCCGCCGCUGAUCUCUCAUGCUAGCGCUUGUACGGGGCGCGCACGUGGCGAUCGACUGAGAAGUUCCUCGCGCGACGACGCGACGUGCCGCGAACCAUCGCUGUGACGAUGCAAUUAUAUAUAUAGAGCCAAACCAGUGCAAUCUUCAGUAGCUUACCGAUGACUCGAAUACGUCCAUUACUUAUAAAUAAAACACGACGAUUGUGCAGCUAUUGUUAGGAAACUUAUCUUUGACGCUUUAUUCGCCCUUCUACGCGACGAUAUCAGCAGUCUCUAAGCAAAAAUUCAAACAACAUGAUUUUUAAGUAAUCGCUGAAACUCGAUAAGACUGACUGACGCGACGUAAAAUUUGCUCGGACGAGUGUCGAGAAAAAGAAAACGAGUAUGUGUACUUUUUACCAAGCGCGUACGUUUUUUCUAUAUUGUAAUUCGAAAGUCAGAGAGAAUUUUAUUGAUUUUGUAUAUUUAAAUGAUUUAUACAAGAUAUAUUAUAUAUAUUUUGCGAAUGUCUUCCUAACGCGGAAUCUAUACCGUAGGUUGAAACCUUGUUACUGUUGGCAGUCAGCAAAAAAAUCUAUAUAUAUAUAUACACACAUAAGGUUUGAGAGAAGUUCGAGUGAUAAUAAAAAUUGCAGUGAUUUAUGCA